AUGACACCUCGACUUGCAUGGAUCUACAUCCUCACGCUUCUGAUCCAGACCACAUGUGGGCUAGCUGCUCCUACCAGGGCUGACUCCGCUAGCAACAUCCCACUACGCAUCCUCCCUCUGGGUGCAUCCAUUACAUGGGGACAGAACUCGCCAACGGGAAAUGGCUACCGGGCCCAUCUUCGAAACCAAUUGACAAGUGCCGGAUGGAAUGUCGACAUGGUUGGGAGCAAAAAGAACGGUGACAUGAAGGACAAUGACGUCGAAGCACACCCCGGCGACACAAUCGCCCAAGUCAAAGCCGCAUCCGAGAACUCCUACCGCUACAAGCCCAACGUCGUCCUGAUCAACGCCGGGACCAACGACUGCCGGCUGAACAACCAGAUCUCCACCGCCGGAGACCGGAUGAGGUCGCUGAUCGAGGGUCUUCUCAAGGCCGCAGGCAACGGCAAGGAACCCCUAAUCGUUCUCUCGACGCUCCUCCCAUCCGGGCAGAAGGAGAUUGCAAAGAAUACCCCCAGCGUGAACGCGCAGUACCGCGACCUCGUCAAGAGAAUGCGCAAGGAGGGCGUGUCGAUCAUCCUUGCCGAGAUGAAUGGCAAGGAUCCCUUGAUCAAGUACCCCAAGGACUAUACGACGGGUGGGAAGGUCGACGACACGCAUCCGAAUGACGAGGGAUACAGGAAGAUGGCGAGCAUUUGGUACGAGGCGAUUGUUGAUGCUGCUGAAUCUGGCCUCAUUCGUGAGCCGGCUGCUGUGGAUAAAUGCUAA